UUCUGGAAUAAAUGAAGUUGAAGAUCAACAAAGCCUGCGAUCUUGGCUCCACCUAUGUUUUUCCUCCUCAUACAAGGAGAUCAAGCCUGCCACCGAGUGUACCGCAAUCAUCACAGCUUAGAUCACAGCCAUCACAACAAUCGUUCUCACAGGGGAUUUCUUCUCAGCAUGCCUUGUUUUCUCAGAUUUCACAAAACUCACUCGAUGAAAUCGUGACAACUGAUCAGAGAUUUGGUUCCCAGGAACGAGAGAAUGCUGCCAACAAGAUUUCUUGUUUGGUUCCAAACAAAUUCACAAGAGAAGAUAGUCAAGGGCCGAUUUCUAGAUCUUCCACUGUGCGCAAAUGGAAUUCUGUUUCUGCUCAAGAGCAUCGAUGUCAAACUUCAGAAGAACUUGAGCACCGGAUGUCAGUGAUUGAAACCUCAUUGAACAGAUUUGGAAUGAUCUUAGAUUCUGUUCAAAGCGGUGUAAUGCAGGUGAACAAAGGAACAAAAGAAGUGUUGCUGGAAAUGGCAGGGAUGCGGCAGAGGUUGAUUGCUGAAGUUACCUAUCUACAUCUAAUGAACAAGGGACAAGAAGAUAUCAAAGCCAGUCUUGAUGGCAGCAUGAAAGCUAUAUCAGAUCAACUAAACAAUGCUAUAUAUGGUGACAAGUUACAAAACAUCUUCUUGGUGCUUUCUACUUUACCAGAACAGAUGGAAGCUUCUUUAAUCAAAUUACAAAACGAGCUUUGCAACACCUUCACCAACGAAAUAAAGGCAAUCACUGGCAAUGCGAAGACCCUCGUCCAAAAUGGUCCAGUUGCUACUGGUCUUCCACCUAAGCUUUCUGGCUGUUGUGAAACACCAAAAACCAAACCAUUAGCAGAUAAGAAACAAGCUGUGCCUCAAAAGGUUUAUGAGCAAACCUCGGUAGCUCCAGAGGUAUACAAAGGAGGCUGGAAAUAUGUAAAAAUGAAGCAACCUGCUACAAAUGAAAGGGCAUACCGCAAAGAAAACGACAAGAGGAAAGGAGUUUCGUCUGUGGAACAGGAAACAUACAGAAUCUUGAUUGAAUCAGAUGAAGAGAUUGAUGCAGGGUUUUCCUGCUUGCUUAGCGGCAAGGAAACAGAUGGCACAACAAGCAUUUCGAUAGAGGAGGCAAAGGAAGAGACCGAACGAAUUUUGAGGAAAGCUAGGCGGCGAAAGAGAAAGUCCCAUAAUCCCAUAAUUAUCAACUGA